UCCUUACUCCUGAGGGGCUUCCACAUCAGCCAGGGAGAGAGAGACAGGUAGAACUCUGAUGCGGUGUGCUCACGCGGUCACAGCACUCUCCACAGGGUGACACAGAAAGGCAAGGGAACAGUUCUUCUGCCCGAGUUGGAACAGGGUCGGCUGCAAAGGGAAGGGCUGACUUUAGCUGGGUCGGGAAGGAUGAGCAGGAGUUUACCAGUACAGAAGCAGGAAUGAGGAAGGGGAAGAAAAAGCAGAAAGGAAAAGGGUGCUUAAGGUCAAGGAGGCAGAAUGAUUAUAGGCCUAAGUGUAACAAAGCACAGGAUGUAACAGGCUGUGACUGAAACAAAGGGGUCGUGUCAGUGUAGCUCCAAAGAUAAAAGUCCAAAAUGGUCCCAGACAGGUCUCUAGAAUUACGGCGCUUGAACGUUUUCUGUGGGAUAGGGCAUCUCAAACUGAAAUACUUAACAGAUUCCCUUUCAAGGAAAAAACGUAUACAGCAUGGAUCCACGAGAAUGCACGCCACCCUAGUUGGAGAACAACUGCUGCAGGCAAUGAGCAGGGUCACCACAGGACCACGCUUUACGCAGGCGUGAAGCCCUGCACUCAGCAGGGUCUGGCCCACCCUCAGAAGGAGCUGGUCCAGGAGCUGUGCAGUCAUGCUCGCUCUGGCAGCACAAGGACUGAUACAGCUGUGGAGCCAAGCUGAAAGCAACUGAUCAGAUCUGCACUGUAAAAGGUUCCCUGACAACCACAAGGACCACGGCUCUGAGCAGGAGUGGGAGUAGGGGUGGUGAGAGCUCAUGCAACAUCUCAGGGAAGACGGUCAGAGCUUGAAUUUCCAGAAGGUGGAGGGAAUGGGGAGGGCGGUCUCAGCACCCCCCUCCAGCAGGGGAGCAGGGGCUCCUCUGGCUGCGGUUUUCCCCCUCCCUCCCCUCCCAACACCCACCCUUCUUAUCUUCCUCCUCCCGACAACCCCAGUUUCCUGUUUUUAAGAAAAACAGUCUCAGAUUUUUCAUCUAAGAGCUCUUGCUUCUCCCAAAACAAGACAAUUCAACCCCCUACCCAUCCCGCGGAAGCCUCAACUUCAAGGAAAGGACAGUCCCAAACUGCAGCACAAACAGGGACUCUGACAUUCAGUCAAGGGCAGGCCUGUAUUUCUUCCAUUUGGUCUCCAUGAUUUGAAUCUUCAACUUCUCAUGCAGAGAAGCUCACUGCAAACUCUGUUAGGACACCAAGGAUCCGCUCCUGUUACCGCCCCCACCUCCAACCCGACCUUGGGCCUUGUGGAUGGGACAGGCCCUGGGGGGCACCACACAGGUGCCUGAGCUGGAGCUGAGCUUCACAGCGGAAACGGUUCAGGCAGAGGAGAAAGCGAGCCCUCAGUGCCCGCAAGACAAAACCCAGAGCAGGGCACGCUUGGGUUUGGCUUUAAGUUCUGCAAAGUGGAAAUGAGAUCUUGAGAUGACAGCACGGCGAGGGAUUGGCUGCGGGCCCUGAGCGACCUCUGGGAGAGCAGAGAGGUGGACUGAGGGCUGGUGCUUCUGCGGUGAGGUGGUGGUGUUCCUGGAGGACAGAGCAGAGGCAGGGAAAAGCCAAGCAGAAGCUGAAGCUCUCAGACCGGCACCAGGGUCAGCUGAAUGAAGACAAGUUGAAGGGCAAACUGAGAACCUUAGAAAACCAGCUGUACACCUGUACCCAGAAAUACUCCCCUGGGGGAAUGAAAAAGGUGCUAUUAGAGAUGGAAGACCAGAAAAACAGCUAUGAGCAGAAGGCCAAGGAGUCACUGCAGAAGGUGCUGGAGGAGAAAAUGAGCGCCGAACAGCAACUGCAGAGCACGCAGCGGUCCCUGGCUCUGGCCGAGCAGAAGUGUGAAGAGUGGAGGAGCCAGUACGAGGCUCUGAAGGAGGAUUGGCAGACCCUGGGAAGCCAGCACAGAGAGCUGGAGAGCCAGCUCCAUGUGCUUCAGUCUAAACUGCAGGGGGCAGACAGUAGAGACUUACAGAUGAACCAGGCCCUGCAACUUUUGGAGAAUGAGCACCAGGAGCUGCAGGCGCAGAUUGAACGUCUGCAGGGAGACAGAGACCUGUGCGGCACAGAUACCCAGCACCUACAAGAUCAACUAAAGAGGUCAGAGGAGGAGAGACUGGCCCUGGUGUCCAAAGUACAGCAGUUGCAGGGUCUACUUCAGAGUCAGUCCGUACAGCUUCAAGAACAGGAGAAGCUCUUAACAAAGAAAGGUCAGCAAAUUUAUUUCCACAAAUUCUAAGAUACUGCUCUUUCUUUUCCUGCCUAGAGGCAGGGGGGAUGGAGCUACAUGACCUCUUGGAGGCCCAGCCAGUUCUGGGAGUCUGUUAGGUCAGGGAGCUGGAGGAACUUCUUAAGGACUCAUCAUUGGUUCUGAGAACAUUUUAACUAGUUAGCCUCCUAUCCUGAGAAGUAUAUACACUGUGAAAAGGAUUUCUACUCCCUCUGAAAACAUGUCUGUGUUGACCAUUUCAAUAAAUUGAUUUUGAACUCAGGA